GUGAUGAUCACCGGCCCAACGGGAGCUGAGAUGCUACUCCCGGAGGAUCCCGAGGCCAACAUUGUGAUGCUGGCGACAGGGACUGGCAUUGCCCCGAUGCGAGCGUACUGCCGGUACCUCUUCAACGACAAGGUGGCGGCUGAGGGUGAUGGCCGCAAGUUCAAGGGCCUGGCUUGGCUCUUCAUGGGUGUGCCUUACAGCAAGUCCUUGCUGUAUGACGAUGAGCAUCAGGAGUACAUCUCCAAGUAUCCGGACCAGUUCCGCUACGACUAUGCCAUUAGCCGUGAACAGAAGAAUGCCGCGGGCCAGAAGAUGUACAUCCAGACGAAGAUGGCAGAGUACGCCGAGGAGCUGUGGGAGCUUAUGCAGGACGAGAAGACCCACAUCUACAU